AUGGGACAGCUUCAUGCUGAGCCCCAAGUCAGGAGCAAGGCGGGCUCGGCGUCAUCGUCCUCGGACCUGCGCUCCCUUUCGCAGUCGUGGCCACGCACCUUGAUCCGCACAUUGGCACAUCGAGCGACCCGCAACCCGAUUGAGGUCAUUGUGACCGUCUUCAUCAUCGUCACACUAGCGUACUUCCAGCUCCUCAAGGCCGUCGCCCACUCCGACUUCUUUGAGCCACUCAAGCGCGAUGCUGUCCAGCUCGCCGCCGCCUCUUCGACUUCGAACCGCACACCACCAACGUCGACGGGCGCCAUUGAGAGUCAGACGACGACUUUCUUCAGAGAAGCAGGAGGAAAGGCGGCCUGGCAGCCACUUGCAGACGACGCCGCGCUGCAUCCCAAGGACGCCACGACACUCAUCAUAGAGCCAGUCAUUCUCGCCGACUCGGAGAAGGGGAGUACUUCGCCAUCAGCGGCAGCUCGUCAGGGAACCGUGCCUCUCAAGGACGCCUACUUGCCUGCCGUCGCAGAGCAGCUCUACUCUGAGCUCUCUCAAAAUUGCACUGAGCUCGCCACCCCGACAAAGAUCUAUGAUGCCAUUGGCGAUCUCAACGCCUACAGCUUCGGUCGAGUGUUUCAGGAGGGGAGCUUCGUCUCACCUCGCAAGGCUCUCCUCGAGGUAGCAAGCGACUCGGCCAUUUUGGCCUCGAUCGUGGACAACGCCUCGCGAUCCGUAGAAGCCGGCAAGCAACGCGCUCGGGGUCCCGCAGCAGCUGCAGACGCUAAGCUGCUCACUCAGAAGGAUCGACAGCUCAAUCUCAUCUCCGUCAUCUCCGAUUCUGAUCUGGAGCAGUACACCCCCGGAGGACGUAGAAAGUCCGGUGCAACCGAGGAGUUGCGCAACAUUCGCUGGCUUGCCUACACGAUCCGGGCCUUUGUGAUCCGUUUUUGGGCUUUGCUGCAAAAGGCUGACUCGGCAGAUAUCGGCGUCAUGCUGUUGGCCUAUGUCAUGAUGCACGGCACCUUUGUCAACCUGUUCCUGUCGAUGCGCAAGUUUGGCAGUAACUUCUGGCUGGGCACCUGCGUCCUCGCCUCCUGCAUCUUCGCCUUCCUCUGUGCCCUCACUGCAGCAUCCGUCCUUGGAGUCGUCGUCGACCCCAUCUGCCUCUCCGAGGCUUUGCCCUUCCUCGUCAUCAUCGUCGGCUUUGAGAAGCCCUUCCUUCUUACCCGCGCCGUCUUCACCCACCCAGAGAUUGCGCCCGAGCCGGUCGACUCGCAAGUGACGCCAAGGGGCGAUGAUGCUAUGGCCUCAGACCUCGGCAGCAGCCAGGACCUCGCCGGAUUGACGAGCGAAGACCCGCAGAUGUCACAAGAGGAGUCUUUUGUUCGAGCGCUCACCGCUCGUCUGAAGUCAGAGCCAAAGCUGCGCUGGUCAUCGCCUACACCGCUUCCAGCACCCGACGUGGUCAGCAGCGCAGUCGAGGAAGUAGGCCCGCAGCUGGCUCGCGACUACGCCAUCGAGAUUGCCGUACUCCUCGUCGGUGCAACGAGCGGUCUCAGCGGCCUGCGGGAGUUUUGCCAGCUGGCCGCCCUCAUUCUGGCAUUCGACUGCGCCUUCCUUAUGAUCUUCUUCGUCGCGAUCCUCACCGUCAUGGUCGAGGUGCACCGCAUCAAGGUCAUGCGAGGGCUGCGCGCCCCGAGGCCCAGGCCUAGCACCCCGCCCAACGUCGAUUCAGACGAGCCCGUCUCCAAUGUCACGACGCCGACGUCCAUCCGAAGUGACGAAAGCGCCGCUGCCCUUCGUCAGGUUUCACCUGACAGGAAGAAGGCUGCUCGUCCCCUCUGGCGUCGUGUGCUGAAGUUGCUGCUGGGCAAGGUGCCGUUCGAGCGCAGCCGCAGCGGCAAGGAGAACCCGGUGGCUCGCCUCAAGCUGCUCCUCAUCACAGCCUUCCUCACCAUGCACUCGCUUAACCUCGUCUCGACCCUGACGGCUCAGUCGGCCAUUUCUCGCCAUCAAUCGAUCGAGGAGCUCAAUCUUUUCGACGCCCUCUCGACGUCAUCGCCUCUCUUCGCCCCCGUCACGGACUCGCCCACUCUGUCGCCCAUUUUGUCCAGCAUUGCUUUGUCGCAGGGCAAGGAACGCGACGUCAUUGUCAAAGUCGCCAAUCCGGUCAUCUUUGUUCUCAUUGACGGCGCUCCCGAGGCCGACGAGGACCGGAGCCAGCUUGCCGAUGCUGCUCUGAACGCUUCAGGCGGCGCCGGCUCAUCUGUCCGCCACUCCUCGUCAUCCAACAACGUCGCAAGCUCGGUCAAGGCCUCCUUUGGCAGGGGAGGCGGCUCGCUAGCCGUCCUCGACAGCUUCAUGACCGGCUGGUCAAUCAUCGUUGGUGACCCGGUCAUCUCCAAGUGGAUGUCACUCGCCCUGGCCAUCAGCAUCUUCCUCAACGCUCAUCUCCUCAAGGGCAUCGCGUCAGGCAACGCUGCCGUGACGCAGGGCAACGCAGCCGGCGCUGCAGUCUUCGCCGCAGCUCGCAUGCUUGGCGCUCACUUCGAUCAGGAGCGAGACUUGAAGACGACCAGCCCUAAGCCCCCUUACUACCGCUCAAGAUCUCAUCCGCCAGUUGCCAAGGCUGGUCGACCCGCGACCGAGUCGGCUGAGCUGACGCAGUAUCACCAGAAGCUGGCAGAGCAAGCUACGAAGCAGGGAGGCAGGAAGCAGCUCGAUAAGCUGCCGAGGCCGCAGAAGGAUCAACAGCCUACCGUCGAUUCGAACACCAGUGCCACUUCGUCUUCAGCCACCACUGCCAUUCCCGCGGUCGCCAUCAGCCAAGAUGCUGGAGACGCGCUGCGAGAGCUCAAGAAGCCCGAUAUCCCCGCCAGCUCGGAGGGCGAAGGAGCAAUGGGUAUGCCCGACGAGCGCAGGAGUGGCCUGCGAUUGCAGCCUACCAGCCACAUUGGACGCGAUGGACGCACAGAGACGCGCCCCUUCGAGCAGCUGCUGGACAUCUACGCCGGUGGAGGAGGUGUGUUCCGCCUCAACGAUGAGGAGAUUACCAUCCUUGCGCAAAAGGGGAAGAUUGCGCCGUACGCACUCGAGAAGACGCUGCAGGACCCGGCGAGGGCGGUCAGGGUGCGAAGAGCGCUCGUCUCUCGCGCAUCGUUUUCCGGCACGCUCGAGUCAUCGCUCCUCCCGCACUUGGGCUACGACUACAGCCAAGUCAUGGGCGCCUGCUGCGAGAAUGUCGUUGGCUUUAUGCCGAUCCCGGUGGGCAUUGCUGGGCCGCUCAACAUCGACGGCCAGGUGACACCGAUUCCUAUGGCGACAACAGAGGGAACGCUCGUCGCCUCAACUUCGCGAGGCUGCAAAGCCCUCAACGCCGGUGGUGGUGUGACGACUGUCCUCACUCAGGACGCCAUGACGCGCGGCCCCGCCAUCGAGUUCCCGAGCAUCGUCUCUGCGGCCAAGUGCAAGCGCUGGAUCGACUCAGCCGAGGGCGCGAAAGCUAUCAAAGCUUCCUUCGACUCGACGUCACGCUUCGCCCGCCUCGCAUCCUUGCGCUCCGUGAUGGCUGGGCGCACUCUCUAUGUCCGCUUCGCCACGGCGACGGGAGAUGCCAUGGGGAUGAACAUGAUUUCAAAGGGCGUAGAGAAGGCGUUGGGCAUGCUCAUCGAGGACCACUUCCCCGAGGCGGUCAUUCUGUCCCUGUCGGGCAACUACUGCACCGACAAGAAGCCCGCAGCGAUCAACUGGAUCGAGGGCAGAGGAAAGAGCGUGGUGGCAGAAGCGGUCGUGCCGGGCAAGGUGGUCAAGACGGUCCUCAAGACUACCACCGAGGCUCUUGUGAGGUUGAACACGCGCAAGAACCUCGUCGGGUCUGCUAUGGCCGGCUCCGUAGGUGGCUUCAAUGCGCACGCAGCCAACAUCCUCACGGCCAUCUACCUCGCCACCGGGCAGGACCCAGCACAGAACGUUGAGUCGUCCAACUGCAUUACCCUCAUGGAGGCCUUGCCGUCCAAGAGCGGCGAUGAGGAUGAGGAUGACGACCUACUGAUCACCUGCAGCAUGCCCAGCAUCGAGGUGGGCACCGUUGGUGGUGGCACUGGUCUCUCACCUCAGCGUGCGAUGCUGGAGCUGCUGGGUGUGGCCGGUGCGAACUCGACGACGCCCGGUGCCAAUGCUCAGCGCUUGGCCCGCAUCAUCGUUGCGUCGGUCAUGGCUGGUGAACUCUCCCUCAUGUCGGCUCUCGCGGCCGGUCAUCUCAUCAGAGCACACAUGGCACACAACCGCUCAGCGCCGCCUACUGCUCCUGCCACGCCCGGAGCCAUGACGCCGGCGCUGAGCUCGGAGGGUUCCAACAACAACUUGCCUGGCUUGUCGAUCAUGACCCCGCUCGUGGCUACGCCUGUGCAGAGUAGGCAAUCUCCUGCGGCUGAAGGAGGGCCGGGACCCAGCAAUGGGAGUGCGAGGAAGGCGAGGUCUGGUAGUGGCGGUUCUGUAGCCGGUGGGCAUGGGAAGGCGGCCACGACGGGAUGA